AUGGACCCAUUAGCUGAACACGAUGAUUAUGCGGUACUUGCCUUGUCUGCACUGAAUUACGCCAUCCGCAACCCUGACCAGCACAGGGAGUUCAUCAUUGUAUCUUCCCGUUUCCAGAGCCUGGCGCUCCAACAUUUCUCCGCCAAUCUUCAUAACAUCAACGAAGACAACUGCAAAGGCUAUUUCCUGCUAUCAACCUUUGUGUUUCUCUUGACUAUGUGCUCAACCGCGAAUGCUAGCAUACUCGGUAAAAUCAUCUCCCCGACAGAUGUUGCGCAGUCGUUGGUACUCCUGCAGGGGAUAAAAACAAUCAUGUCUGUCAAAUCCAUGGAUCAGUGGAAAGCAGAUGGCCCGCUCUCGAUAUUGCUGGACGAGGACAGCAUCUCCGAGCCGAAAGAAUCGGGCCCCUAUCUUGAGCGCUUGAAGCAGCUCUCAGACCUUGCUCGGAAACUGGAAGGGACCCUAGAUCCAAUCAAUGAGCAGACAUCUUGCAUCCUCGCCAUCGAGACCCUCCGCUCUAUCCACGUUAGAUACGGAAACGACAGCCCGUCAUCUCCACGGCGGGUGUGGAUGUUUAUUGAUCUCAUCAGCCAAGGACAUCCCGUGGCUCUGAUUAUUCUGGGCCACUUCACAGCCUUGGUUCGUCCAUACGAAUCUCCAGAAUGGGUCAAUCGCGGAUGGAGCGAGGUUGUCUUUCAGGCGGCAGAGAGUUCUCUAAGCCCGGAAUGGAAGAAAUGGAUCGAGUGGCCAAAGAAGUCAAUUGAAGAGAGAAUCAACGUUAAUGAUAUGCCGAUUCCUGAAGAUUUCGAGGAAAGAUAG